GGUAAGCUGUCUUCUUCUAUCUGGUUCCUUUCUCUGUCUGAAUUUCUUUUUUCCAAUAAUAAAUUUUACAAAUGCUGUGUUCUUGAUUGGCUUUUUUAAUCCUCACUGAGAUUUGUGCUUGAAUCUUGAUUAUCUUGGUGAGAGUUUUUGUUUUAGACAAUGUAUAUAUGUGUUUGAGAAUACAAGCUUCUUCUUUAUUUUAAUCCAACAUUAAUCAGAUUGUAUGAAUUUGAAUAAGUCUAUUAAAUUACAAGACAUUGUUUUCGUUUUCUGUUGAUAAAGUACUUUGCUAUCGAUUCUUAUUUUGAUGUGUCUUUGAUCAUUACCUGCAGGUGAAGUAUGUUGUGUUCAACCAUAUGAGCUCUGAUGGUGAUUCUGGUAACAGGAAAUUCAUGAACUUUGUGAUUCAUUGCAUCAAGAAUAGAAGACUAGAAGGGGGAGGUUAAUUAGAUUAUCUUAAGGUGUAUAAAAUGGAAAAAAAGAGUGUACCAAAUUCUGAUAAGUUGUCUCUGAUUAGAGUGUUAAGAGGUAUAAUAUGUCUGAUGGUGUUAGUUUCAACAGCUUUUAUGAUGUUGAUAUUCUGGGGGUUCUUAUCAGCUGUAGUGUUGAGGCUUUUCAGCAUUCGCUAUAGCCGUAAAUGUGUUUCCUUCUUCUUUGGCUCGUGGCUCGCCUUGUGGCCUUUCCUCUUUGAGAAGAUUAACAAAACCAAAGUUAUCUUCUCUGGUGAUAAGGUUCCUUGCGAGGAUCGAGUAUUGCUCAUUGCAAACCACCGAACAGAAGUUGAUUGGAUGUACUUCUGGGAUCUUGCACUGCGUAAAGGCCAGAUUGGGAAUAUCAAAUAUGUGCUUAAGAGUAGUUUGAUGAAAUUACCUCUCUUUGGUUGGGCGUUUCACCUCUUUGAGUUUAUUCCAGUUGAGAGGAGAUGGGAAGUCGAUGAAGCAAACUUGAGACAGAUAGUUUCGAGUUUUAAGGAUCCCCGAGACGCUUUAUGGCUUGCUCUUUUCCCCGAGGGCACAGAUUACACAGAGGCUAAAUGCCAAAGGAGUAAGAAAUUUGCUGCUGAAAAUGGCCUUCCGAUACUGAACAACGUGCUGCUUCCCAGGACAAAAGGUUUCGUCUCCUGCUUGCAAGAACUGAGUUGCUCACUUGACGCAGUUUAUGAUGUGACCAUCGGUUAUAAAACCCGCUGCCCAUCUUUCUUAGACAACGUUUAUGGAAUUGAGCCAUCAGAAGUUCACAUCCACAUCCGUCGUAUCAACCUGACCCAAAUCCCAAAUCAAGAAAAGGACAUCAAUGCUUGGUUAAUGAACACAUUCCAGCUCAAAGACCAGCUGCUCAAUGACUUUUACUCCAAUGGUCAUUUCCCUAACGAAGGAACAGAGAAAGAGUUCAACACAAAGAAGUACCUCAUAAACUGUUUGGCAGUGAUUGCCUUCACCACCAUCUGUACACAUCUCACCUUCUUCUCAUCAAUGAUUUGGUUCAGGAUUUAUGUCUCUUUGGCCUGUGUCUACUUGACCUCUGCUACGCAUUUCAAUCUUCGUUCUGUUCCACUUGUUGAGACUGCAAAAAAUUCCCUCAAAUUAGUAAACAAAUAAACUUUCAUUGCUUUCAGUUCACAACUUCACAUGAUGGAAUAUUUUUUACUUUUGUAUUUCGGGGUUAAGAAUCAAUCCACUUUCUACUUAUGCAAUGUGAGGUCAAGCUGCAAUAUAUGAUUAGCUCUAUUUUAGAAUGUCUUCAUACAUUCAUCUACACAUGUUAGAUCAUAGCUUGGGAUAAUAAAACACAAAAU